GUUGAAUGAGGAAGGAAACAAGUGGAUAGGUGGGCGAUGUUUGGUACCUUCCCUUGGUACCCUUGGUCCCAAUUUCUCCAUACAUUGUAUACUUCCGUUACUACCCUUUCUGAAGCUUCGUAGGCCUUUCUAAAAAAUAAUUCAGGAAACCUUCACUUCCGGUUUCCAUCUGAUUGCUUGCCAUAGGUCAGUUGGAGCAAUGACGUCACGACUUUCUACCAGAGCUGUAUGAUCGCUCGCGUCCUUUCAUUGAUUACCGCCAGGUGGCGCCGGAUCUUUUUUGGACCCACGGCUAUUUCCUGUUUUCGUGGGGCUUCGCUCGUCGCUUUGGCUUGGUUCUCUAUGAUUUCGGAAGCAAUCCUGGCCGCAUCCUGUUUUGAGCUGUAGGGGCUUGAGCUGUACUUGGAAGAGCCAUGUCGGAUUCGGAAUACUCCUCCUCGGAGGAAGAUGAAGAUUACCUUCCUUCAGGUGAAGAUUACAGUGAAGAUGAUGUGAAUGAACUGGUGGAAGAGGAUGAGCAGGAGGAGAAGCUGUCACACGGGGAAAAGUGCAAAAAGCAUUUCAAGGGGACAACAGGCCGGCGCAAAGGAAACAGCCUCUCCUUAGAACCAGGUGGCGAAACUUCAAAAGAGGAGGCCAGUGACAGCAAGGAUGGCAGCGAACCAGAAGAAAGUUGCCCAGUUGUAAAAGAAGAGGAGAAAAAGAAAAAGGAGGAGGCUCUCUGGGCCACCUUUCUCAGCGAUGUGGGCCAGAAACCCAGAGCCGCUACUGGAGAUCAAGUGACCUGUGCACAGAAAGACAAGCCAGCAGAGAAAAAUUCUUGCAAGCCUCGGGAGGUGGCACAGGAGCCCCAGAAGCCCAAAGUCGCCAUUACUGAAGUGUUUGACUUUGCAGGCGAGGAGGUGAGGAUCACUAAGGAAGUAGAUGCUUCAUCCAAAGAAGCCCAGGACUUUCUGAAAAAGCAAGACCAAAAGACGGUCACCCCAGUUUCUCAUCCUACAAGUUCUGGAGUGAAGCGGCCAAGCGGCAUCAACAGCCUGCUGGGAAAGCUGGGCACCAAGAAGCAGAAGUUGAGCACGCUGGAAAAGUCCAAGCUGGACUGGGAACACUUCAAACAGCAGGAGGGGAUUGGGGAGGAAUUGGCCACCCACAACCGAGGAAAAGAAGGAUACCUGGAGAGGAAAGCAUUUCUGGAGAGGGUGGACCACAGGCAAUUUGAGAUCGAGCGCGACAUCCGGUUGAGCAGUAUGAAACCCUGAGGCCGCUGUGGGUCUCCCGGAAGAAAGUCACUCGACAACCUGUAUAGGUUUUCUUUUUCCACCACACUAGUAAGUAGGUGAACUGAGGACACUCUGGCAGAUUUUUUUGUUGUUUUUAACUGCUGGGGUGCUGCCUUGUGCCUCCGGCGUCAGUCCAGUUGCUGCUGGGUACUCCUCACAGGGCGCUUGCCCAGAAGAGAGCUGCAGUGGGUAUUUUUCCAGGACUUUACCUGCCAGGAGCGAAGAGGCAGGUUUUGUGCCAUGAAAUUGACGCCUGGUCUGCUGAUGGCUGCGGGUUCCAUGGGGCAUGGGGGCCAACAGGGUCCAACGGUUGAAGGUUUGCAUGGCUUCCUCGUGCAAAUGGGACGCUGUCUGCUCCAGGAUGCUCGGUAGCUGCGCAGUUGCGGGAGGAGCUACCUGCCAACCUGCUUCCCGGAGAGGCUUGCUCUUUUCACGCCGUGGAAUCUCCGUGUUUUUGUAACAACCUUUUCCAGGAUUGUUUUCCUUUUUGUGACGAGUCCUCCAGGUAACUGACUUUCCUUCGUGCUCUACGGCCUCUUGCAGAGAAACAGGGCAGGCAGCGUGCAAGAGAGCAAGGCCGGAGCCUGCUGGGUCCUUCUGAAUAAAGCGUUCAAUCCUG